AUGCCUUUUUCCAUGACAGCUACUCCACUUGGCAGAUUUGCUGAUCAUAUCAAAACUCUUCAACCCAACGUCAAGGAAAUGACGGUUUCGGAAUUAGAUAAACGUCUUUGUGUCGACCAUAUCCAUGGACCACCCGCUAAUCUGCACAUUCUUGAUGUCAGAGAAACUUACGAAUGGAAUGAAGAUCAUAUUCCCUUUGCCCAUUAUACUGGUCGUGGUAAUCUCGAGCGAGACAUUGAAGGAGUAGUUCCUGAUCUUUACGACGAUGUGGUGCUAUACUGUGCGGGUGGUAUGCGAUCCAUUAUUGCUGCAGACUCGCUUCAAAAAAUGGGAUAUCGCAAUGUGUAUUCCCUUACUGGUGGAAUUGCUGCGUGGAAAAAGGCUUCGUUGCCCAUUGUCAGCAACUUCAAGACUUUUUCUGAGCAAGUCAAGGAUUAUUGA